GAAAAGAAAAGUGGAUAACGUUUUUACAUAAGUUGAAAGAAUCAACACAGGAGCACGACAUGCCAUAUCUAUUCUAGUGCGAGUGAGAGCAGCAUUUUGAGAGCAAAUGGCCUCUACUGCUCCUUUACAUCACCACCUCACUCACUGCUUCUCCAUCUCCCAGUGUAAAGAUAAGGAGGUUUUAUUACAGCAUGGAUGGACAGCAAGACCACCACCCAGAUAUUCAUUCUUCAGAAACAGGGAAAACAGCAUUAAUCUUACCACUAGUGUCAGCAGACCCAUUAAAGCUUUUUCAGUUGAUAUACCUUCGUAUCCUCUCCUUCAACCUCCUAAAGUCGAAGAAGAGUCUGACUCUGAGUUGGAACCAGCAGACCCUGAUUUUUAUAGGAUAGGGUAUGCUCGAAGUAUGCGUGCUUAUGGAAUUGAAUUUAAGGAAGGGCCAGAUGGAUUUGGAGUUUAUGCUGCCAAAGAUGUUGAACCACUUCGCCGUGCAAGGGUGGUUAUGGAAAUCCCAAUAGAGUUGAUGUUGAAUAUAAGUAAGAAGCUCCCAUGGAUGUUUUUUCCAGAUAUAAUACCAUUGGGUCAUCCAAUAUUUGAUAUUAUUAACUCAACAGAUCCAGAGACAGAUUGGGACCUGCGGUUAGCAUGUCUUCUUUUAUUUGCAUUUGAUUGCGAGGAUAACUUUUGGCAGCUAUACAGUGACUUUUUACCUAGUGCGGAUGAGUGCCCCAGCUUGCUUCUAGCAACAGAGGAGGACCUUUUGGAGCUCCAGGAUGAGAAUCUUGCAUCAACUAUGAGAAAACAGCAACUCCGAGCCUUGGAGUUUUGGGAAAAGAAUUGGCACUCUGGUGCUCCACUCAAAAUAAAGCGCCUUGCUCGUGAUCCUGAGAAAUUUAUUUGGGCAGUUAGUAUGGCACAAUCACGGUGCAUUAACAUGCAAAUAAGGGUCGGUGCUUUAACUCAAGAUACGAAUAUGCUGAUUCCUUAUGCUGACAUGCUAAACCAUUCCUUUGAGCCAAACUGUUUUUUCCAUUGGCGAUUCAAGGAUCGCAUGCUUGAGGUUAUGAUAAAUGCCGGGCAACAGAUAAGGAAAGGAGAAGAGAUGACUGUCAAUUACAUGAGCGGACAGAAGAAUGACAUGUUCAUGCAACGAUAUGGUUUUUCAUCACCAGUGAAUCCUUGGGAUGUAAUCCGAUUUUCUGGCAAUGCACGCAUACAUUUGGAUUCUUUCCUGUCAGUCUUCAAUAUAUCUGGCCUGCCUGAAGAAUAUUGUCAUAACACAGGUCUGCUAUCCAAAGAGGGAGAUGCUUUUGUUGAUGGAGCUGUUAUAGCAGCAGCAAGAACGCUGCCCACUUGGUCAGAUGGAGAUCUGCCUCCUGUCCCAAGCAUAGAAAGGAAAGCUGUGAAGGAGUUGCAAGAAGAAUGCCAGAAGAUGCUAGCAAAAUUUCCUACAACUUCUAAGAAAGACCUGAAAAUACUAGAUUCUAUGCCAGAAGCGACGAGGACCCUCGAAGCUGCAAUCAAGUAUAGACUGCACCGGAAGUUGCUUAUUGAGAAGGUCGUCCAGGCAUUGGAAAUGUAUCAAGAGCGCAUAUUGUUUUAAGCAUGGAGUUUUCCUUUCCAAAUGAGUCAUGACAAUUUUGUUAUACAUCUCUGAUGCACCAAAUGGCGAAAGCAUAGUUCAUCAACUGUUUUUCAUGCGCUGCAGUCGUCCAUGUUCCUGUAUUCGGACAUGAUCAACAAUGUGUGCAACUAUGUCUCGAUCUGGAUUCAGGCCAUGAAUGUAAAUGGGAUUGGUAAUUAGCAUUUGCAGCUAUUAACCAACCUCAAUAUUGGAUUUUAUCAGAGUAUAACCACCGUGCUUUGAUCCCUUUGGAUGCAAUUGACAUACUUUUGCUUGCAGAAAAUCCAUCAGAAACCAACUCAAAAUGCCUGCAAGAGUGGGGGAAGUCGGUUUAUCAUGACCUAAUUUUGGAUGUAAUAAUAUUUGACACUUUUUUACGA